AGUCGGCGGGGCCCCGGGCGCCGCAGCCAUGGCGGAGCGCCGAGCCUUCGCGCAGAAGAUCAGCAGAACGGUGGCGGCUGAAGUGAGGAAGCAGAUCUCGGGCCAGUACAGCGGCUCGCCCCAGCUUCUCAAGAACCUCAGCCUUGUGGGCAGUGUUUCCCACCACGCAAGUGUUCCCCUUACUGAAGCUGUGGACCCGGUGGAUCUGGAAGAUUACUUAAUCACUCAUCCCCUAGCUGUGGAGUCUGGGCCUUUAAGGGAUUUGCUUGAAUUUCCCCCAGAUGACAUCGAAGUUGUUUACAAUCCCAGGGACUGUCGAACCCUUGUGUCAGCUGUACCUGAAGAGAGUGAAAUGGACCCACACGUUAGAGACUGCGUAAGGAGCUACACCGAAGACUGGGCCAUUGUGAACAGAAAGUAUCACAAACUGGGAACCGGCUUUAAUCCUAACACAUUAGACAAACAGAAGGAAAGGCAGAAAGGUUUGCCCAAACAGAUCUUUGAAUCCGAUGAAGCAACCGAUGGGAACAGCUACCAGGAUGAACAAGAUGACCUUAAGAGACGAUCCAUGUCCAUCGAUGACACUCCGAGGGGCAGCUGGGCCUGCAGCAUCUUUGACUUGAAGAAUUCUCUGCCCGAUGCUCUGCUCCCUAGCCUGCUCGAUCGGACUCCAAAUGAAGACAUAGACCAUCAGAAUGAUGACCAAAGAAAGUCCAACCGGCACAAGGAGCUUUUUGCUCUUCACCCGGCGCCAGAUGAGGAAGAACCCAUAGAACGACUCAGCAUUCCUGAAAUCCCCAAAGAACAUUUUGGUCAAAGACUUCUUGUAAAAUGCCUGUCCCUCAAAUUUGAAAUUGAAAUCGAACCCAUUUUUGCAAGUUUGGCUUUAUAUGAUGUCAAGGAAAAGAAAAAGAUUUCAGAGAAUUUUUACUUUGACCUUAACUCUGAGCAAAUGAAAGGCAUGCUGCGCCCCCAUGUGCCCCCUGCUGCAAUCACCACGUUGGCAAGGUCCGCCAUUUUUUCUAUCACUUAUCCGUCCCAAGAUGUAUUUCUUGUAAUAAAGCUGGAAAAAGUUCUACAACAGGGGGACAUUGGAGAAUGUGCAGAGCCAUAUAUGAUCUUCAAAGAAGCAGAUGCCACGAAGAACAAAGAAAAGCUGGAGAAGCUGAGGAGCCAAGCAGACCAGUUUUGUCAAAGACUGGGGAAGUACCGCAUGCCUUUUGCUUGGACAGCGAUUCACCUGAUGAAUAUCGUCAGCAGCGCUGGGAGUUUGGAAAGAGAUUCCACCGAUGUAGAAAUCAGUACUGGAGAACGCAAAGGAUCAUGGUCCGAGAGGAGAAAUUCCAGUGUUGUUGGCAGACGGUCCCUAGAAAGAACAACAAGUGGAGACGAGGCUUGUAGUCUUACAACCUUUCGACCGGCGACCCUCACAGUGACAAACUUUUUUAAGCAGGAAGGAGACCGCUUAAGUGAUGAGGAUCUAUACAAGUUUCUUGCUGAUAUGAGAAGACCCUCUUCUGUCUUACGGAGAUUAAGACCCAUCACAGCUCAGCUGAAGAUCGACAUUUCUCCUGCACCAGAGAAUCCCCACUACUGCCUGACCCCCGAAUUGCUGCAAGUCAAACUCUACCCUGACAGCAGAGUUAGACCUACUAGGGAAAUUCUGGAAUUUCCUGCCAGAGAUGUGUAUGUUCCUAACACGACUUACAGGAAUCUCCUCUAUGUAUAUCCCCAAAGCCUCAAUUUUGCAAAUCGCCAAGGUUCUGCCAGAAACAUUACUGUAAAGGUCCAGUUUAUGUAUGGAGAGGAUCCAAGCAAUGCGAUGCCGGUGAUCUUUGGCAAAUCCAGCUGUUCAGAAUUUUCAAAGGAAGCCUACACAGCUGUAGUGUAUCAUAACAGAUCCCCAGAUUUCCAUGAGGAAAUUAAAGUGAAACUUCCUGCCACCUUAACCGACCACCACCACCUGCUUUUUACCUUCUAUCAUGUGAGCUGUCAGCAGAAGCAAAACACUCCCCUUGAGACUCCAGUCGGCUAUACGUGGAUACCAAUGCUUCAGAAUGGACGAUUGAAGACUGGUCAGUUUUGCUUGCCCGUCUCCCUGGAAAAGCCACCGCAGGCUUAUUCGGUGCUCUCUCCUGAGGUGCCUCUCCCUGGAAUGAAAUGGGUUGAUAACCACAAGGGUGUUUUUAAUGUCGAAGUGGUUGCUGUGUCUUCUAUUCAUACCCAGGAUCCUUACCUGGACAAGUUCUUUGCUCUGGUUAACGCUCUGGAUGAGCACAUGUUCCCAGUGCGAAUAGGCGACAUGAGGAUCAUGGAAAAUAACUUGGAAAACGAAUUGAAAAGCAGUAUUUCAGCGUUGAAUUCAUCUCAAUUGGAGCCGGUGGUGCGAUUUCUUCACCUCCUGCUUGAUAAGCUGAUUCUUCUUGUUGUACGGCCACCUGUCAUUGCCGGCCAAAUAGUGAACCUUGGACAGGCAUCUUUUGAAGCCAUGGCUUCCAUUGUCAAUCGACUGCACAAAAACUUGGAAGGGAAUCAGGACCAGCAUGGCAGAAAUAGCCUUCUGACAUCAUACAUCUAUUAUGUUUUUCGCCUGCCCAAUACCUAUCCCAACUCACCAUCACCAGGACCUGGGGGUUUGGGAGGGUCCGUGCACUAUGCUACAAUGGCUCGAUCUGCUGUGAGACCUGCCAGCCUUCACUUGAAUCGCUCCCGGAGCCUCAGUAACAGUAAUCCAGAUAUAUCUGGGACUCCGACAUCUCCAGAUGAUGAAGUUCGCUCCAUCAUUGGAAGCAAGGGCUUAGACCGCUCCAAUUCCUGGGUUAACACUGGUGGUCCAAAGGCUGCCCCAUGGGGAUCCAACCCCAGUCCAAGUGCAGAGUCAACACAGGCGAUGGAUCGAAGUUGUAACCGUAUGUCUUCGCACACAGAGACGUCAAGUUUCUUACAAACAUUAACGGGACGUUUACCGACCAAAAAGCUUUUCCACGAGGAGCUGGCUUUGCAGUGGGUCGUCUGCAGCGGCAGCGUCCGCGAGGCAGCUUUACAGCAGGCCUGGUUCUUCUUCGAGCUGAUGGUGAAAAGUAUGGUGCACCAUUUGUAUUUUACUGAUAAACUUGAUGCUCCGAGGAAAAACCGCUUUCCAGAGCGCUUCAUGGAUGACAUUGCUGCUCUCGUCAGCACGAUCGCCAGCGACGUCGUUUCGCGGUUUCAGAAGGACGCAGAAAUGGUGGAAAGACUCAACAUGAGCCUUGCCUUCUUCCUCAAUGACUUGUUGUCCGUCAUGGAUCGAGGCUUCGUGUUCAGCCUCGUCAAGGCCUGCUACAAGCAGGUGUCUUCAAAGCUUUACUCACUACCAAACCCCAGUCUCCUGGUGUCCUUGAGGUUGGACUUCCUGAGGGUCAUUUGCAGCCACGAACAUUAUGUCACCCUAAACCUGCCCUGCAGCUUGCUCACCCCACCGGCCUCGCCAUCCCCAUCUGUUUCUUCUGCGACGUCUCAGAGCUCUGGAUUUUCCACAAACGUCCAAGACCAGAAGACAGCAAACAUGUUCGAGCUGUCGCUGCCUUUCCGCCAGCAGCAUUACCUGGCGGGACUCGUGUUGACUGAGCUGGCAAUCAUUUUAGACCCUGAUGCAGAUGGUUUGUUUGGAUUGCAUAAGAAGGUCAUCAACAUGGUACACAACUUGCUGUCCAGCCAUGACUCAGACCCGAGGUACUCUGACCCCCAGGUAAAGGCCCGGGUGGCCAUGCUCUACCUGCCUUUGAUCGGCAUCAUCAUGGAAACUGUGCCCCAGCUGUACGAUUUCACAGAGACUCACAAUCAGCGAGGACGGCCGAGCUGCGUGGCAAUGGAAGAUUAUGAGAGCGAGGGUGGAAAUAUGAUAAGCCAGACGGUGGCCAUGGCGAUCGCCGGCGCGCCGGUCCCCCAGCUUGCGAGGCCCAGCAGUUUUCUGCUCACUUCUUCGACGGGCCGACAGCACUCCAUGUUUUCAGCAGAAUCGAGCAGGAGCCUUCUCAUCUGCCUGCUAUGGGUCCUCAAGAAUGCCGAUGAGACGGUCCUGCAGAAGUGGUUCACUGACCUCUCGGUCCUGCAGCUCAACCGACUGCUGGAUCUUCUCUACCUCUGCGUGUCUUGCUUUGAGUACAAAGGGAAGAAAGUCUUUGAGAGGAUGAAUAGUUUGACCUUUAAGAAAUCAAAAGACAUGAGAGCCAAGCUUGAAGAAGCCAUUCUUGGAAGCAUUGGAGCCAGGCAAGAAAUGGUGCGUCGCAGCCGAGGGCAGCUCGAGAGAAGCCCAUCGGGAAGUGCCUUCGGAAGCCAAGAAAACCUGAGGUGGAGGAAGGACAUGACUCACUGGCGCCAGAACACGGAGAAAUUGGACAAGUCAAGGGCAGAGAUUGAGCAUGAAGCACUUAUUGACGGAAACCUUGCAACGGAAGCAAACCUAAUAAUUCUGGAUACGUUAGAGAUAAUUGUGCAAACGGUCUCCCUGGCAGAGUCCAAAGAAAGCAUCCUGGGCGGGGUGCUAAAGGUGCUUCUGCACAGCAUGGCCUGCCACCAGAGUGCCCUCUACCUGCAGCACUGCUUUGCCACACAGCGAGCCCUGGUCUCCAAGUUCCCCGAGCUGCUGUUCGAAGAAGAGACCGAGCAGUGUGCGGACCUCUGCCUGCGCCUCCUGCGUCACUGCAGCAGCAGCGUCGGCUCCAUCCGCUCGCACGCCAGCGCCUCCUUGUACCUCCUGAUGAGGCAGAACUUCGAGAUCGGCAAUAAUUUCGCCCGCGUCAAGAUGCAGGUGACCAUGUCACUGUCAUCCCUGGUGGGCACCUCGCAGAGCUUCAACGAGGAGUUCCUGCGGCGCUCCCUCAAGACCAUCCUGACCUACGCCGAGGAGGACUUGGAGCUGCGGGAGACCACGUUCCCAGACCAGGUACAGGACCUGGUCUUCAAUCUGCACAUGAUCCUGUCUGACACGGUGAAGAUGAAGGAGCACCAGGAGGACCCCGAGAUGCUCAUCGACCUCAUGUACAGAAUCGCCAAGGGCUACCAGACGUCGCCGGACCUGCGUCUGACCUGGCUGCAGAACAUGGCCGGCAAGCACUCGGAGAGGAGCAACCACGCCGAAGCUGCCCAGUGCUUGGUCCACUCAGCUGCUCUGGUGGCCGAGUACCUGAGCAUGCUGGAGGACCGGAAGUACCUGCCUGUGGGAUGCGUGACUUUCCAGAACAUCUCGUCCAACGUCCUGGAGGAGUCGGCUGUGUCAGACGACGUGGUGUCUCCCGACGAAGAGGGGAUCUGCUCGGGAAAGUACUUCACGGAGGCCGGGCUGGUGGGGCUGCUGGAACAGGCGGCCGCCUCUUUCUCCAUGGCAGGAAUGUACGAAGCGGUCAAUGAGGUUUACAAAGUGCUCGUUCCUAUUCACGAAGCGAAUCGGGAUGCAAAGAAGCUGUCCAUCAUUCACGGUAAACUGCAAGAGGCGUUCAGCAAAAUUGUCCAUCAGAGCACGGGCUGGGAGCGGAUGUUUGGGACCUACUUCCGUGUGGGUUUUUAUGGGACCAAGUUUGGGGACUUGGAUGAGCAGGAGUUUGUAUAUAAGGAGCCCGCGAUAACCAAACUUGCUGAGAUCUCGCACAGACUGGAGGGGUUUUAUGGAGAAAGAUUUGGAGAGGAUGUAGUUGAAGUAAUCAAAGAUUCUAACCCUGUGGACAAGUGCAAAUUAGAUCCUAACAAGGCGUACAUUCAGAUCACGUAUGUGGAACCCUACUUUGACACCUAUGAAAUGAAGGACAGAAUCACAUACUUUGACAAAAACUAUAAUCUUCGACGUUUCCUGUACUGCACGCCCUUCACGUUAGAUGGCCGUGCCCAUGGGGAGCUUCAUGAGCAAUUCAAACGGAAGACCGUCCUCACUACAUCCCACGCCUUUCCUUACAUUAAAACCAGGAUCAAUGUCAUUCACAAGGAGGAGAUCAUAUUGACACCCAUUGAAGUUGCUAUUGAAGACAUGCAAAAAAAGACACAGGAACUGGCCUUUGCCACACACCAGGACCCAGCAGACCCCAAGAUGCUGCAGAUGGUCCUCCAGGGGUCUGUAGGCACAACAGUGAACCAGGGACCCUUAGAAGUUGCCCAAGUUUUCCUGUCAGAGAUCCCCCAUGACCCCAAGCUCUUCAGGCACCACAAUAAGCUGCGCCUGUGCUUCAAAGACUUUACCAAAAGGUGUGAGGAUGCCUUAAGGAAGAACAAGAGCCUGAUUGGGCCUGACCAGAAGGAGUACCAGAGGGAGCUGGAGCGCAACUACCACCGCCUCAAGGAGGCCCUGCAGCCGCUCAUCAGCAGGAAGAUCCCUCAGCUGUACAAGGCACUGCUGCCCAGCACUGGCCACAGAGAUUCCUUCAGCAGAAUGAGUCUUCGCAAAGUGGACCUCUAGGGAAAGACAGAACACUCGCCCCAGUUUAUUGAAAAGAAAGCCAUGUUAUCCACAAAAUCAGAACCUGGGACUUCAUUUUGGACAAUAUGCCUUCAUGUCCCUCUAUGUCCAGUGAUCACAGUGAUGCUGGACUGUCCAGUGUAGACUGUUACUACGUAAAAAUCAUGGCUCUGGUUUCCAGUGUCCUGGGAGAGGCUGUAAGCUUUUCAAAAGCCAUUUCUAUGAUUCAAAGGUACACUAAAUACAUUUACUAUUAUUUAUAGCAUACCUAAUGUUAAAUUUAUUUACAUUAAGUUCAUAGAUUUAAUUUAUAUUAGGAGCUUUUCCAGAUGCAUUUUUGAACCAUUUUAAUGUAGUAAUGUUUAUUUUAAAGGUACUUAUUAAAUAUGUGGAUGUUUUCACUUAUUUUUAUUCUGACGUGAACAUUCCCAUUUGGUGGUGUUGGCAGAGGCCAACAGAAAAUUCAUUUAUAGCUGUUACUUCCAAAGUUAUUGAAAUGAAAAUUAUGACGGGUGACCAUGUAGGCCAAACAAGACCAACAAGCCUGUUCGGAGAUGGAUAACUGGAGCUUAUUAAAUUGUAAGAUGAAGACACUCUAGGUGAUAGCUGCCUAGUUCCAAGCUUGUGCCCUCUGAUUGUCCUGAGUCCUGGCAGCCGCUGACUGCAUCUCCUGAGGAGCAGAAAGGACCCAGUCGUGACUUGAUGUAACAGGUAGAAUUCCUGGGGAUUCCACUGCGGUGCAGCUUUCCAGCCAAGGGAUGGAGGGAAGACGUGUGACUCUAAGCUAGAUUGGCUCAAAUGAUGGCCGGGGGCCAUAUGCUGGGAGGGAGAGUCUGGAGCCUGACCUGGCUCAGUUCUCUGGCUUCAGGGUAUUUAUUUCUGGACAGUUCAGCCAGUGAACAGUGAUUAGCCACACCCAAGUGCCAGUUUUCUCUAGAGUACCAGCCACCUCUGAGGGAGCAUCAGGUCAUUCGGAUAUGAUUGUGAAUUUUCAGAAUCUGUCUUGCCUGUUACUUAAAGAAAAAUCACAUUUCUGGUUAUGUUGGCACCUUGAAAAGAGAAACUGAUUAUCAUCAGAAAGUACUAGAUGAAGAUCGCUGACAAGUUCUCAGUUUAUCAAUAUUUAACCCUCUUGCAGGAAAGAAUCAUGUGUCUGGACUGAGAACGUAUUUGAAUAUCUUUGGAGAUGUGGCAUGUCUGAUCACUGUAUCUGGUGUUUGAAUUAUCUUGUCCAUUGAUUCCAGGGAAGCAGAUCUUUCUUCUGUCUAGAAGUGAGCAAAUGUUUCAGCAACAUGACUUUCUUACCAAAACAAGGAGCUAAAUUCUAUAAAACGCAUCCAAAAGGGCAAAACCAUUUUGAACUGACUUCUAGCGGUAGCAAGUCUGACCCACAGCAGAGAGCAGCUUGUAGCCCGGCCUGUACGUGGAUGUGUGCCAAGGCUGGCUGCUGAUUAGCACCCACGGUAGGUGCCUAGAAAGACCCUCACACGUCCUCUCCCAGAGGGCUACAGGCUGCUUCGCAUCACUGAGAUCUGGGCUUGAGGGGAAAGGGAGGAAGGAAGGUGGGGCCCUAUACCUCAUCUGGCCCCAGAGGACCAGAUGGUAACAGCUAACACGUCUAAGGUGCCUGCUACGUGCCCAGCACGGAGCUAAGCAGUGAUCCUCAGCCACCCUGGGAGGGAGGUGCUGUUCUCACCCCUUUUACAGAUGAGGAAACUCAGGCAGAGGUGAAGUGCCUUGCUUGGGGGCCCAUGGCUAGGUCUGAGGGUGGAUUGGAACUCAGAUCUUCCUGCCUCCAGGCCAAGCACACCUUUCCACUGCACCAUCAGCUGCCAAACUUGGGCAUUCUACUCAUUCUGUGACUGUCUUUGGGCAAGUCAGCUCUUCUGAGGUGCUACCCAUCUGGUCUAAGCCGUACGUCCUAGGGAAGGGAAGGAAGCCCCUCUGCCUGCAGCCAGGACCAGGAGGAGUAGAGGCCUCAGGCCUUAGCAGCAGCACCUCCAGGGGCCCAGCUGCAUUCGUGUUCCAGGGAUGGGCCACUCACCAAGACUGCCGAGAACUGGUGCAUUUGUGCCAGGGAGGUCAGGGGAUGGAAGUGGAAGCGGCGGAGGCAGCCUUUGCCCAUCACUGUUGAGGCCUCAUGACAUGUCUUCGCAGCCUUCUCACUGGACCCUCAGGACUCCUUCCCAUGUAAGUACGUAAGGUCUAGCCAGCCUUUCGUCCCUUUCCGUCUGCCUUCUCUAAACUAAUCUGAGCUCAAUCUCUUCCAUUUCUUGGCUUUCCCAAGUCUCCCCAUCAUGGUUAAGUCAUGCUGUCCAUAGAAGAAUCAUUGGAGAUCAAGCGAGCUUCAGUUUGAAGUCCUAAGAGAUGCUCAUCUCCCAUGAAGUACCCACGGUACCACAUAAUUAGGCUGCAAGUUGACCCUUCGAGCCCAGGGAGUAGAAAGGAUUCCUUAGUGAUUCAGAAUGCCCUUCAGGAUCACAUCAUGAGUCUGGCUCAUUUACAAAAGUAUUUGACUGAAAAAAGUUGCCACCUGAGCCUUCUGAUUUGUCACAGGAACAGUACAAGAGCAAAUUAGCCCAAAGGCCUGACUUCAUGCCUUCACAUAGGGGACCUUUGCCUUAAGAAGAAACCUCAAAACCUUCUACCCAGAGUAUUCACUAACUUUUUAUUAUUGAAAAAACGCCUUACCCAGUCUUCAGACAACACAUUACCGCGUAUUGUGGUUAUCAUUGCAGUCACCGUUCAUUUUGUCUGAAAACAGCAUAGCAAAGUCCAAUAAAUCAUAUGCGAUCUUAGUCAGCCUUAAUAAUAUCCAGAAUAAAGGCCAAGGCUCGCAGCAGCACAUUCCCGGAGUACUGGGUCUAUUUCUGGAUACCACCUUCUAGAAGGUAAAUUGUGGGCACAAACAGUGCUGAGGGGACUGUACCUUUCCCAACUGAGUUGAAUGGAUAGAUGUUUGAUCUAUAAAAGACUGUGUGCAUGGAA